AUGGCAGAUUCUGCAUCAAUUUCAGAAACCACAAAUCAGUCAUCCUCCAAGAAAUCUGCUAAUCGCAGUAUCUUCUCGAGCAAUCCAAGCACAGAUGGAAGGGGGUCAACAAGUGCUUGCUCGACGUUAGAUUCUACCCCCGAUAAUAUUUCUAUAGAGACUGUUCUCGAGAAAAGCUCUUUAGACACUGGGCACGAGCCACCUCACGAGGUCAAGAUAAAAAAGAGAAAAUCACAAACGGAGCUUUCUCCAAGAGAGUUACUAGGUGUUGAGGUGAAUCAGGAUAACGGUGCCCUUCGAUCGCAUAUAAGUGGAUUUUUAGGUCUCAUGGUAUCGCAAUUUGACCAUGAACAGGACCCACAGGAUAGGCACUCUAAACUAGAUAUUACGUCAGCUCUGACUAUCGGUUCAAGAAGUGCAGAAGAUAAACCAGAAUCUGAGGUUCAACGAACUGCGGUACCCUAUGCUAAUGAACGAUCAACAAAGGCCGGUAUAAGAGAAAAAGCUUUCCCAAUAACGCCGUCGAACAAUUCGUUGGUUGAAUUAAUAGAGAGCGAGGAAUCACUAAUAACAGCAACCGCAACCGGGGGUAAAGUGGUGCCAUUUGACCAUCGACUUGAAUAUCUUCCAGAAGAUUCUGAUUCGGAAUCUGAACCAUCAGCACCCUCUGAUUAUGGGUCGCCUAUCGCCGCACAUGAACUUCAAGAGUGUACUGAAUCGGAAGUCGAAUAUCCUACGAUUAAAUCUAAGCAUGCCGCCAUAGAUGGGUAUCAAGUUCAUAAGCAUACCGAUUUCCAACCUGGGCGGGUCUUUAAAAUCCUAUGGUCGGAACAAGUAGAAACCAAAACGCUGGCUGUUGAAGGUAGAAGCAGUAGCAAGUUCUACAUUGGUUUCCGGCGAUUCAUAAUCGUCGCCACUGAAGAGGAAGGCUACUCCACCUGCAUUCCGAUCCUCACUUAUGAAAGACGAGGCUGUACUAAGCCGGGCGUGAACCCAAAGACCCACGGAAUAGUAUACAGUGUAUCAGGCAACUCAAUAGAGAGAGAACCUACUAGGAAACUAAAAGGCGAGCCCGAGCUAGGGUUUCCCCCAAUCAAGGUGGACGGCUAUAAAAACGACGAACCACUGCCCAAAGAAAGCAGAGUUAACUAUGCCAAGCUUAUCACGAUCGAGCACAACGUGAAGGUUUUCUUCAUAGGGUUUGUUCCACUACUAGAUUUUGGGAAGGUGGUACAUGCUACUAUUGAGUGCUGGGAGAAUAAUAUGCGAAAAGGGAGAUGA